UUAGCAGUGCAGCCGAAAAGAACAGACCACAUAUUGAGAGAGAGAGAGAGAGAGAGAGGAUAUCGGACGCAGUGACAUCUUUAUCAUAGAAAUAUAUAGGAAAACAUCGAUAAGUCAUAAUCCUAAAAAAAGUCUGAUAACGAAAAGAGUACAUACGCUCACGUUCUGAAAGAGUCUUUUGAAAUAUUCACGAAUAUUCAUAUAAUAAUCGUUAUACAGUGUAAUAAUAAUAGUGAGUAUAAUAACGAGUGUAUCACCUAACUGUGAUAAAACAAGAGGGAGAUACCAUUGCGAGAACGUCAAAGUUACAUAAAAUUUUGAAACUCGAAGUUUGAACAAAUUCGCCAAUCGUACUUAACGAACUGCCCUUCGACAAACUUAUUUAGAAUUUAAUUUAUAUGCAGUUGAUUACUCUGAUUUCCUUAGUGAAGAGUUUCCAUUGCCAAUUAAAAAUAGAAGUCAAGAGAACAAAUUUAGUACCUUAAGAUUUUAUUCUGUGCAAUGUAAGACGACGAUUGAAUUAUAAUUACGCUAAGGAAUCAUGCACAGAUGUUACGAAGUACUCUUAGGUGGAUGACAAAUUUUUCAAGGAUGGAUUACAGCAAGAAUAAAGAUUACAAAAAUCAGAGUACUAUAACAGAGCCUGUAACAACGGAUACUAUAGAGGUAGAUAAUUCACAUACAGUGCUAUUAAAAAUAGCAACACUGUAUGCAGAGCGUCUUAUGAAUGACAUCUGUCUUGUUGUUGAUGGUGUGGAAUAUCCUGCACAUCGACUUAUACUUUGUGCUUCUAGUGAUGUUUUCCAAGUGAUGUUAAUGAGCCCACAAUGGAGCGAAUCUCAGGAAAGCAGGGUAACCCUUCAAGAAACGCCCCAGUGUGCGCCAAUCUUCAGCGAAUUCUUGCGCUACUUUUACACUGGCCAAAUAAGGAUCAACUACACUGUUGUACUACCGAUACUGUCCUUAGCCGAUAAGUACAACGUGAAAGAUUUAAUAUCAUUGUGCCUUGAUUACAUGGAGAACCACAUUGCACUGGCUGCCAUACAUGGCACACUGGUGUCAUGGCUGCAGUAUACAACCAAUUGCGGCCAUCACUACAUCAGCCAAGCGUGCCAAAACUUCGUCAAGUGGAAUCUUGAACUCGUGGCGAAGACUCCGGACUUUGUUAACUUUGACUUGGACAUCUUAGUAUCGCUGUUGCACCAAAGUAACAUAGUUGUAAAAGACGAGAUGACGCUCUACAAGUGUAUAGAAUCGUGGCUAAAUCAUCAGGCGUUUCGAUUGAAAUCACAAUUGUCGGCGGACGAACUAGAGACUACACUGUAUCAGCUGGUGGUAACCGUGAUGUCGCCCAUCAGAUUCCCGAUGAUGUCACCGCGACAACUGGCGGACUUGUUGCUGUCUCCGUUGACGAAAAAGUACAAAGAAUUCUUCGUGGAACGCAUGUCGAUUGGUAUGUCCUUUCAUUCAGGCCAGACAGACAGAGUGAGAGAAGUGAGCCAGAAGGAAGAAGAUGGCGCGCUACUGUUUGAACCAAGACUCUAUACAGUUGACACAUGCAGUUCGCUGCUGACUAUCGAGCACUUUCAAAGCUUACCAUCCUACCAUACAAGAACGCUCGUGUUUUCCAGCCACUCGAGUUUAGCAGAGUACGCGGGCGACAAGGUGUGCGAAUGGAUCGUGGAUAUCUAUCCGAAAGGCGUAUGGUUCAAAAAGUUUUUCCUCAUAGUGUGGCAAGGCACAGUGGAGAUGCCGGAGCAUGUGAAGCGCUCAGUGAGGCUGUCGUUGACAUGCAAGGAGCCGGUGAACAGUAAUAUGCGCGUGAAGAUAGGCGUGCUGAUCUACGGCUUGCAAGAUGGCGUUGAACACAUCGCGAGAGUGACAGAAAUUGUUCACAGGUUCAGCAAAAAUGAUCGCGUCCUCAAUUUGGACGAUCUCCUACCAUUCGAUGAGCUCAAUCCUCAGCAGGGAUCGCUGUCGGACGAAGAGGAAGAAUCUCCUUUUUUGGUGGGUCCCAAUCAAGAUAUACUAAAACUACACAUCGUUAUAUCGCCAGCCAAUUAGCAUUUAUAAGAUAAACUUGAUAUACUAUUACGGUACAAGGUAUUACUAUUAUUAAAUAUCACACAUCAGAAGGAUGUUUAUGUUCUGCCUGCAUUAUUUAGAACUUCAAUCAGGGCGCUGUACAUUAGGUUUAUCGUUAAUUAUUUUUAUCGUUAAUUAAUAAUUCUUUUUUUUCUUCUUAAAUACCAAAUAUUUUUUUAACAUAACUAUAUGACAUGAAAUGAUUAUAUGAGAAAUUAACAUCAUUGUGAAGUACUUGACGUAUAAUUUCUCCGCGUAUUUUCGAGGUGUUCCUCUCUGAAGUUUCACCCGGUUCAAAAGAUCGACUGUUAAAAUGUUCAUGUGAUAUCAAAUAAUACCCUAAUAAGGUAUAUUACAUCGCGAGUAUAACAUAUCACGUGCAAUAUACUUCACUAAACAAUAUAAUAGCUCCUGCUGCCACACUCAGAGAUGCCGAUUCAGUUACAUUUGCAGCAUGCUGACAGCGCGUAGAGGGGAUGGCUCCCAUGAUGCGUGCCCUGUCUGUGUGCGCCUCUCACUUCGGCUGAAGUGUGGCUGAAGUAAGAGGCGCACACGGACAAGGCACGCAUACAUGGGAGUAAUCUCCUUUACGCGCUGUCAGCGUGCUGCAAAUGUAACUGAAUUGGCAUCCCUGGCCACACUGUGAUUGUGAUUCUGAUUCUUUGAUACGUAAGCUUCAAUUCUUGCGAUUUUGUUGACCUCUACAUGGUGUACGUGCGUGCGUGUGUAAUGUAUGUACUGUGUAUAUAUCCAAGACCCAACACACAUGAGCAUUAUUUUAUCUCAUAAAUUGGUCAUUCAUGCUAAUAUAUUAGAUGUAUAAAUUAAUAUUUGGUGACUUUUCAGAAAAAUUUAUUUACAAAGAGAAUAUUAUAUUUUAAAUUUUGUUUUAUAUUUUCAAUUAUUUUAAGAUAAUCUGUUAUAUUCAAUGACGUAUGUGCACUUUAUGGGUACAUAGAUAUGUGUUGAUGUAGGCAUAUAUAUUAAUCUCAGAUCGCAAACUGACAUUACGGAUGUCUAACGAGAGAUAAAAUCGUCAGAGAUGUUCAAAGAAGAUUACAGCGAAUAUUUCUCAUGUAUCUUGCGUACAAUUUGCUGAUACUGCUAUAUCUUAUUAUAAAGAUGAUAGUAGUGAGAGACAGGAGAAGAGAGAAGUGGACAAAUUUUUUCGCAGAGCAGUUUUUAAUUUUACACGCGCAUCUACUGAUAUAGUUUAUUUUAAUUAUCACCAUUUUAAGAUGCUGAAUGUCUGCGAGUUUCGUGAUCACAUAUUCUCUUUUUUUAUUACCCUUUUCGUACGACGAGUAGAUAAUUCAAUGACCAGUUACUGCAACAUCACAGUUACUGACAACUCAUUAUAGUUGCAGCUGUGUUCCUACAUUGACGAUUAAUAUUAAAUUGAUUGAUUAACAUUGCAUCCUCGACGAGAUAAUAUACGAGAUUCUGAAUAAAUUAUAUACAAUAUAUUCUCAAAUAAGCAUUGAUAGUAUUUUUAUAAUACCAUAUGUAUUACUUGAAAACGUUGUUACAGUAGGAUCCUGUUAUAAAUCACAUUUCAGGGCUAUAGAAGUAUAAGACGGGCUUAUAGCGAGACCCUCUUCUCCGAUAGCGCUGAAAUAUCUAAUCUCUGUCGUUUGCUUUAAUUAGUUAAUAAUAAUGUGAAAACAUACGUAGAGAGGAAAGAACUUACAGAGCGAGAUUACAGCAGAAGAUUUAUAACAAGGUCCUACUGUAAUUCUACAAUGCGUAAUUUGAGACAAACUCUGAUUAAAACAUUACUCAGAGAACAUGAAUUUAAAGAUAUCUAAAGGACUUCAUGUAAUUUAAAGCAGUGUUGGGUAUUUACGUGUGAAUUAUGAUACUCUAAGUCUACGUGUAGACAACUUAUAAACUAUACACGAGAUGUCAUCUAUGUAGACAAUGAGUAAUCUGUGGAUGUUGAUUAAAAGAUGUAUGGCUUGCUCAAAAAUUAA